AUGGAGAAGCGGUUUCUUAUCAACAAUGGGAGUCCCGAACAUUCUCAAUUUCAAGAUUUACAAAGUGGUGCACUGUUUAUCCGAUGGGGUAGAAAGACGUGUCCUGACAACACGACGGAUCUUGUAUACUCAGGAUAUGCUGGUUCGUCUGAUUGCACCAAAACAGGUGGACCUGCUGAUUUUCUUUGCUUGGUGCCAGAUCCAGACAUGGUCCCAGAUGUCGGAAGUGGUCAGUAUAUCAAGGGCGUGGAAUAUGACCACGGAAUUGCCGGAUCGAAGGUUGGACAGGACGUUCCUUGUGCAGUGUGCAGAAGCAGGUCAGAGGAAACCUCCUUAAUGCUUCCAGGGAAAUCAUCCUGCUACCCUGGAUGGAAAAUUCAAUACAGAGGCUACUUAGCCUCUGGGAAUGAAGCAUUUAAGUCUUCCGCAAAUUACAUCUGCUUGGAUGAACAUUCAGAACAAUCACGAGUUGGAGAUAGCUUGAUGGGAGACGGGAAGCUCCUUUAUACUGUAAGAAUUGCCUGA